CGCCCCUUACGAGUAUGAAGUUUAUUUCGAUAUCACUGGCAGUCAUUUAAUCGACAAAUAAAAGUGAUAGAGUAGAAAAAAAAUCUUACUGGAUUCGCGCGAAAUGUUACCAAUCUCAUCAAUAAUUAUUUAGUCCCACUUGAUACGCGAAUUUUUGUUUACGUUUAUGGUUUAAGUGAACUUGUGAUAAACUGGUACUUGAAAUUUCUGGCCAGGCGAAACGAUUAUCGAUAAAUUAAAGCACGACCAAAGGGAGUGUAUGAAAUCGACGCGAGUUGUGAAUUACCCAUUCGCACAUGUAUCAUACAACGUUUUACAGAAAAUUAUAAAUGGACCUUUAAUUUUUCGACAAAAGUUUUUAUUUGCUGACCUUAUUCUAACAGUAUAUACACAGUAUUAAGAGCGAGUAGUCUACCUGUAUAAUGUGUCUAACAAUGCAUGAGAUUAUAACUGUAAUUACCUACUAUACUAGAUAAGAUAACCGGCCCGCUAUUUUUUCUACUCAUAUUCGUAUUAUCUGUAACAGACAUAUUCGUAUCAGAACUGUUUUUUGCGUCAGCAGUUUCCUUUAUUCUGAUUUUGUUGAAUUUUCUAAUUUGUUUUCAGAUACCUGAUUACUUUUAAAUAUCUGUUGGUGUCCUAUUAAAAGCCUAUGGAGUCUUCCUCGGCAUACCGUCCCAUUAGAAAAACUCUUUUUACUUUAAGAGUAUACAAAUUUGAAAGAGGCAAUGGAAAGCGAAAAUCAACCAUUAAACUUUGGGAAAGAGGAAUCGAGAGUGGUUGAACUUGACAAAAAUGAACUAAAUAAAAAUAAUCAGUUUGAAAAGACGAAGGAAGAAGUGGCCCUCAAAGUGUAUCCACAAAGAUGGUACAUACUAGCUUUGUGCGUGUUGUACAUGAUAUGCAAUUCAUCGCAAUGGCUUCAGUACUCUAUUAUACCAAACGCCGUGUCAAAAUUUUAUGGAGUCACUAACUGGCACGUAAAUUUGACAUCGCUUGUGAUGAUGGGAUGUUACUUGCCAUUAGCGUUGCCCGCUGCAAGUUUUAUGGACCGGAUUAGCCUCAGGUGGACAGCGAUUCUCGGCUCAUCAGGAACUGCUCUUGGCUCAUGUAUCAAGAUGUUCUCCGCUACUCCUGGCGGUUUCUAUGUAACUCUGACCGGGCAAACUGUGGUAGCAGUCGCCCAAGUGUUAAUGCUGAGUGUACCACAGAAGUUAUCGAGUAUUUGGUUUGGGGAACGUGAGGUAUCAUCGGCCUGCAGUAUUGGUGUCUUUGGUUUUCAAUUCGGUCUAGUUGUGGGAUUUUUCUUGCCUCCAAUAUUAGUCUCAGACCACGAUGACCCAAACCAGAUUGGAGAUGAUUUAUUCAAAAUGUUUGCUUACUUUGCAGCUACGUCUAGUUUAGUAGCAGCUUUAGUUAUUUUCACUUUUAAGGCCGAACCACCUUUGCCACCAACUCUAAGCCAAGCGAGAGCAAGAUUGGCAUCCAAAAGUAACUUAAACUUGUACAUGAGAACUCUUAAAAGAAUAUUUUCCCAACGUAGUUUGGUAGCACUUUUUAUUACUACGGGCAUCAAUAAUGGAUGUUUUAAUGGCCUCUCCACUUUGUUAAGCCAGAUAUUUGUAAAUUAUUUUCCGGGUCAAGAAGAAACCGCCGGCAAUAUAGGCGUGACUAUGAUAGUCUUCGGUAUGACGGCAUCUGUGACAUAUGGCUUCAUUCUCGACAGAACGAAGAAAUUUAAGUUCCUACUUAUUUUUAUUUACUACAUGUCUGCUGUUGCUAUGGCGACGUUAACUGCUCUUUUGGUAUACUGUAAGGUUGUGUGGGUUAUGUUCGCUGGGGCAGCUUUUGUUGGAACGUUUCUCUGUGGAUUUACUGCCGUAAGCUUUGACGUUGCAACCGAAUUGACGUACCCUGAGUCAGAACUUAUCAUCGGAACUAUUAUGAACAUGAUGUCCUUACUAUUCACUUUUGCGACAACCUUAACUUUUGGUUACAUUAAUGAGACACUUGGUUACUUCUGGGGUAACGUUGGUUUCGUGGUAACCCUAGCAUUUGGAGCUACGUGUACGUUGCCAAUCAAAUUUAAACUUAAGAGAACGUUGGCGCAGAGCCCAAAAUUAAACGAAGUGUGAAUUUAUUUACUGAAAUGAGAUAUUUAGGUACCUAUUAAUUUUGUUGACGGGUAGGUACCUAAAAUAAUCCGCCCACAUUAUUGUAUUUGAGAAAUCACUGUCAAAUUAAUAACAAUGCUGUUUUGGAAAUAAAAUACCCUUGGAUACAAUAUCACAAAGCGGGCGUCAGUCCUUUGACAUACAGAUGCGUUAUUAUCCUCAAAUUAUCUCGUGGAUUUUGUUUAUUAAAAGUUAUACCUAUUUCGUUGUUAUAUUAUAUAACCUAGUUUAAACAUAUUUUUAAAAUGAUAAAUAUGUUUAAUCUUGGUAUAAAUAUAUAGACAUAAGAAAAUCGACUUCAAUAUAAUUGAUAUUUUGUUCUGUUACUUAUGUCAGUACCGCUAUUGAACACUAGAUGUCACAAAUGUCUGGCAAAAGGUGUGUUGCUCAAUAAUUUACAACUAAUAUUACAAGCAGAAGGAGUUGAAAACAGAGUUAAUAGCUGGCCGAAGGAACUGAUGAACAAAAUUUUUAUAUGAAGUUAAAACCCGCGCGACGACAUUAUCUUCCUUCGCGCAGCGUAUCUUUUGUUUCCUUCGAUUUUUUAAUGUCUUCUUGCUUUGUGUGGUCCCUACCACACAAAGCAAGAACAGCACAGCGGAUGUCAUACCUGAUCUAGAGCAGAGCCCAACUGGGGAGGUACGGAGUAUAGCGGGGAGGUAUGGACCUUACAGAAAACCGCAGCCAAAUAAUACUAGACCUUACUCAUAGUGUUGUGUUCCUACCAGUGAGUAAAGUUGCGAGAGCUCCUCUGAAGUAGCAGGCGUCCAUAGGCUACGUAGACUGCUUACACUCAGGUAGUAUAAAAACUAUCUUAAUAAAUAUGUUAUUGUAUCUAAUAUAAACAUGAUAUACUUUUUUGUACCAACUUACCUACUACAAUAAUAUACCACACAAACACGGGUCGUUCUAUCAGAAUACAUAAAUACAUUCAAAUUAAGUAACUUGGCAUAUCAAUAAUACAAACAGGAAAAUAACUCAAGGAGAAUUCCCUGAAAAACGCGUCUAUUCCCAAUUUCAUGUCACAAAAGGUAACGAGAGGGUAAAGUUGUAAUAGCGUGAUACAUUGGUAAGAAUUCUCCAUAUAUUUUAAUUUGUUUUGUUACAUCAUAAAGAAAUAAGUACGCUUAGAGUACUCACUCCAUACCUAGAUAAAAAGCAAAAAUCCGUUUAUAAAAAGCUUUAAGCGAGCGUUGCGAAAAUGUAUGUAAUAUGACUUAAGAGGAUACGGGAGCUGAGAUUUAAAUAUUUUAGGUAAAUUUAUCCGUCUUGCUAAUGGAAGCGGCUCCUAAAACUAGUGCGAUAAGGACAACUUCAGGUAAGGUGAAAAAUCCUACGUAAAAAUCUCAAAAACGAUGUUUCGUACUCGACUAUUUCCUCCUCCAAACGAAAUGUAACCAGAUUUUGAGAUCUAAAUGGUAAUUAAAUUAUCUGUGUCGGACUGUUUUGCUUUUUAGGCUAAUUGAUGUCAGUUGUGAAUACCAUGCUUCUUUUUGCCGUCUAGUAAAUUAGGCCGUUUUUACGAAUAUUUGAAGUACACUCGCGCCUUAAGAAACAAAAAUAUCAAAAAAAAGCAAAACAGACCAACACAGAUAUUAAUAAUCAUAAUCUGUGUUGAAAAAAUUAUUGCUCUAGCUUCAAACAUCACGGGAAAAACGGUCGAGUACGUUUGUAUGGAGAAAUGACUACUCCUGUUGCCUCUUAACAGGUUGGUGGACACUAAUUUAGACAUUACAGAAAGAACAAUGGGAUUACGCCUAUAGGCAUCUAGUGUCCACUAAUGUGUUUAGCUUAAUAGACCGGGGGCCAGGAGCAUAUAUCAUCAGUCAUCGCCUCCCGGCUGAUGCUUUGUCAGUUGAUGCUAUCAUGAAUUAAAACAAUAGAUGGCCGGUUGUACAUCUAAGAUAUCAUCUGACAAAGUAUCAAACGGGAGGCGAUGAUUUACGUGUUUCAGUGGCUGCCAUUCCUCAAUCCACUAAAGGAGCGGCAGUUGACGUCCACGAGGGUUAUCAUACAUAGCCGUUAACCACUAUACAAGUUAUCGCCCGGGAGGCGACUGGUCACGGAAAUCUGUUCCUGUACUGAGUACUCUAAGCUCACUUACUCGUAUUUCUCUAUGAUUACAUUGUAUUAAAAGUAUUAAAGCCGUAGGAUUGAAGUCAAUCAUAUCACUUAAUACGGAUUACCAUAUUACGCAUUACAAACAUACCAGACAGGACACAAAUCCGUUAAGGAUGACUCACGAUAGAAUGGUCCGGGUCCAGCCCGGGGUGUCCCACACUUCGUUUUCGAUAGAAAAUAUAACGUGGUCACCGAGCACCCGUCAUAGAAAACGAAGUGUUGAACCCGGACCCGGAACGCUCUUAACGUGAGUCGUUCUUUAUCCAUUACCUUCGGAUUGUAAGUCGCAUGGCUGGAGCACUCGGUCACCACCGCUUUUAAAACACUCCACAUUGUUAAUCUUAGUUUUAUUAAUAUUUUUUUAUAUGCUUAUUGGACUUCUUAAGAUAGAAGUAUACCACGUGACCGUUCAUACAAAAAGAGAAAACGUUUUCCCACUUCUAAAUAUAUUCCAUUCUCCAUGAUUUCUUAAGUAUGUUAUUGCCAUAAUGAGAAACUAAGUUUAUAUGCUUUCCUUUUUUUCAAACUAUGCAAAAAGUAAGAUAAAAACUUUUUUAAAGCGAAACCUAUAAACCUGAAUAUAUUAUACUGAAGCUAUCGACAUCAAAAUCAAAGUGAUUUGUUUAGAUUUAGUUAGUGGAAAACGAUUUCUCCCGAAUUGGAAUGUCAUAGAAAAAGAACCGUUAUUUCGCUAGGAUCGCAAAGCUAUUCUUCCACCAAUGACAAAGGUAAAUAAAAGAACUAAAGUUAAAUUAGCAUGCCAUAGUCAAGUAUUCUACGUCAUGCCGUAAUAUGGAGGCAAAUCAAACUUUUUACAGGCACUAAAAUACGUCUCGCUAUCUCGCCCUUAAAAAAGCAUUUAAAAUGUAUCAAGACGACAUCGAGCCGGUUUUUUCUAAUGACGAACAUUACGAGUUCGCAUCGUAGUCCAAGCAGAAUUUACACUUAAAUCAUUUUUAAGAAAAAAAACUGACAUCAAUGAGGGAGAUCGGUGAAAGAAAGAUUAUUGUUGAUUUUGGAUUUAAUACGAUGAAAUUUAAAAAAAAAUGUCUUGAAAAUCUAAUUUGCUUCACAAUCACAGCGAAGAGGAAAAAUCUCCAAACGUGAACUAUACGUCGUUGAAGAGUUCCAUUCUGGUCAUCAUCACCAUUUCAUCUUUUUAAAUGUAAAUGCUUGAUUUGUUGAUGAAAAUACAAAUAUCACUAUACCAAUUUCUUUGCGUUUUGGAGCCUCCAGGGUUGUGCCGCACGGAUGGCAAGAGGCCUGAUGGUCUGACGUUGUUUCCAUGGCAGAAAGGUUAUAUUUACGUUAUCCCACUUGAGUCUCACUGUCAGGUCUGCUGGAACAGCCGCGGAGUAUGCCGCCAAACUGAAGCAUGCCAAGUACUCUGCCUUGGAAGCUUGGAACCAGUAGUUAUACGACUUUGUGCCAGUUGUAGUCGAGACUGCGGAACCUUGGGCUGUGGAGGUCAGGUACUUUGUGAGGGAUUUGGGUCGGCGGCUGAGGGACAGGGGGUGCUACCCCCGGUCCGGAUCCUUCCUGGUCCAACAGAUCUCAUUGGCCAUUCAGCGCGCUAACGCUGCUAGCGUAAUGGGGACAUUUGAGCCAAGUACGAUUCGUGACGAUUAUUUAAUUUAAUAUAAAUUGUUAUGUAAAAAAAACU